AUGCACUUGGACCGCCUCAUGGACCACUGCGAGCACCGCCAGGCGGCAAAAACCUUCAGCACUUGGAAGAAAAUUCAACGGGAGCACGCAACUUUGACGCGGUCGCUGGAGCUUGGGAUGAGCAAACUGCAGCUCGUUCUGCUAGGCCAAGAGAAAACCGCUACGCGCAGAGCCUUGUCAAAGUGGCGAUUCGCUACGACGCGUGACAACAAUCGUGGCAAUCUUGAGCGCGUGCAGCAACUGGAGGGAAGCUUGGCCGAAGCAAAAGAGUGCGUGUUCUCGCUAUCAAGAGCGAAGACGAAGCUUGAAGAAAAGCUGCAAGCCUCCCGUGAAGAAGCUCAACGUCUUACAGGGGAGCUAACAGAGAGUGGGUCCGAGCUGCAGCUUGUAAAGCACGGAUUCGUGACCACCGUGAUUCGCGAGACCGAGCGCGCAUGGUUGCGGGCGGUGCUUGUGCAGUGGCGCAUUCAGACGCACGUGUCUGCUGUCACGAAGGAGCUCCGGUUGCAAGUUGAGAUGGCGGAGCUCAAGGCGGCUGAGCGUGACAAGUACUCCAAGUCGCUCGACGACUACAGUCGCGUUCUGCGCAGUGAUCUCGAGCGCUUCCAGUUCUUUUCUCUUGACAAGCGAAUCACAGUGGACGUGCUAUCGAAGAAGCUGCUUCGCGAAGAAGAGCGAUACCGCCACAUGGAGGAGCGUCACGUAGCUCUGGAGGAAAAGGCCCACGCGCUCAAGACCCAAUUGACUUCGUUUGUCGAGUGGGAAGGGCUGUCGCUGCCGUUCUCCGUGCUCGCAUUGUGCAAGGAUGUCGCGGUGAACAACCUUCGUGAACUGUUCCAGCUCCACGCAGCGGCUGACAGCGCCGUUGUCAAUGACGGCGGAGUCACGAGAGGGGUCGAGGGAGACACUCCGUCGCCUCGACUCGCCAUGUCUUCCCUUGUUCGUAUCCUGGAGUACUCGACGCUGCUGGAGGAGAAGGUGAUUGAACGCGAGGCACUCGCUGAAAGGCUGGCCCGCCACCUCCCACCGUACGCAGUGGAGCGCGGCUUGCUUUUCGCCGACUUCGUUACGGGGCUGAACGAGUUCUUGACGGAUCUCUUCGCGUCCAGCAACACCAAACACGAACAACUAAAGCGGUUCUGGUCAAGUCUCCUUUCGCUUCUUGGAGUCUCCCGUGGCGCUGCUGCUGCAGGAACUGCGCCAACCAAUGGUCGAGGUGUGAACGGUGCUGGUGAAAAUGGUACCGGCUUGAUGUUGUGCCCUUCGAGGGCUUCAUGGGCUGGUCACCUCAGCGACGACAUUCUCCAAAAUCAGGAAAAAUUGCUCGCCGUACUCGAGCACGAGACCGCAGUCGUAGAGCGCGCUGUCAUGGAGAAAUCCUCUCUCAAGCACACGUACCCUGCAAGCGAGAAUGGAAGCGUUACCCGUAGCGGUAGCUCCACAUUCUUGGAAUACCAAUGCGACCCCCUUCUUCCUCCAGAGCUGGUCAACAGAGCGACCGGAUCCCCUACGCACUCAACUGCGUCCGCACCAGCAAACCUCAAUCCAUCCACCCCAACAUCACGUAGCACUGAGCCGAGCGCUGCACCAGCAGGAGGAACUUCAGCGUUCUCGAUGGAGGCAUACGCGAAUUGGCACCUGGCCCCGCAAGUGCGUGAUCUCUUCAUGGCCUUCCACUCUCCGCUACUCAAACUUGUCGUUCAGUACUCGGAUGGACAGCGCACUGCCGCGCUCGGCAACCAAUACUGCCUCAACGCGGCUACAGUCUUCCGCAUGUUCACUGAUCUCAAACUGCACCCAGCAUUCUUGUCCCGCGAUUUCAUUCAGACACAUUUCGAUCGGUUCCGUGAGUCGAGCGAUGCUGGAGGAGGUUUGCUAGCACCACAAGGUUUCACGCUUUUGCUGGGAUCCUGCGCUCUUGAGCUUUACGCUCGGUCACUUGCCAGCAGCCAGACCAAACCCGAAUUCCUUCUCUCCGCUCGCGAAGUGCUGUUGUCAUUCUUCGGCGACUUGGGUUUACUCGCUGAGAGUGAAGUGCCUCCAGCUCCACGGUUAUGCUUCGUCGGCAUGGACGUCGAUACCAUUCUCUGGCCGCUCUUCGAGUACUACGCGAAGUCAGCGGAUACUGUUGGUGGGGACUCUAACUCAGUAGACAACAGCCGAGUCGGAAUGACAGUCGUCACGUUCGAGCGGUUUAUGACGGAGAUUGCUGGCAUGGCAGCGAACGAUUCGCGCGCAAUCUUUCGUCGAGUAAUGCAGGACCUAGCCAAGAAGCAAGAUCACGGUCCGGGUGGAGCAAACGAGGAUGACCAGCAGUGGCGAAUGCGACUAGACGAGUUUUACAUCGCCAUUUCGUACGUACAGGCCGAGCGAAGUCCAGGGUCUACGUACACGACGCCCGGUGAAGCUAUACGCCAGUGGCUGCAGCAAACGCAAUAG